CCAGCCCGGUUUCUGGCAUACGAACCCAAGCCCAGCAACGACCGAAAGGAGAAGCAGGCGAGAGUUAUUGGCUAGGGUUUGGUUGCUUCUCCUCCUUUGCCGUUCGCUGUCCUCUCUUCUCUUGGCGAGUUGGCGGCGAGGGAAGGAAGAUGUCGAAGAAGAACAAUCUCGCCAAGAGGAAGAAGCAGUACGAAUUCGACCUCAAGAGGGAGAAAGAGGCCAAGGAGAAGCAGGCCAAGAAGCUGCAAGCCAAGAAAUCCAAGAUGAAGAUAGAUGGUGGUGAGAACAAAAGAAAGGGUAGUCAGUUCAAGGUUGGCAAGAAAAAGGUGAAGACAAAACUUUCAGCCUUAACGAAAGCCAAAGCUGAACAAGCCAUGGAGGUGGACAAGAAGUGAUUGCAGAGCUUUGCUUCAUAUAAUAUGCAUUGCACAGGCUACAGUGCUGAGUCAGUGCUGAAUUUCUGAAGCGAAAUGACAAAGUUUUAUGCUCAUGGAUGGCAUUUGAUGGGACCAGAUCGAAACCAUGUACCACUUUGCCUUUUUGUU